GAGUGUUGCGAUUGUAAUUUAAGAAUAAAAUGUACCGUCUGAAUGAGUUAGUUGGUGUAUUUAAUGGAUAAAAUUAAAAACAAGAGACAAUUGGUAGAGAGUGGAGGGGACGGUGAUUAGACCCGAAGCGAAACCAAUUAACACCACGCCUCUUCUAAAUUCUAAAACCAACUUUUCCCUCAGCCGCCCUUGCUUUCCAUUCGAUCUCACCUCUUACUUACUUCCUUUUCCCUUUCACAUCUCAUCGGUCAGUCUAUUUCAACAUUUUCAUUUCAUUAUUUCUAUUUAUCAUUCAAUCAAUUUUAAUAAUCCUUUUCGCUUGGAUCUGAAUCAAAACCCUAAAAUUGAAAUCACCACUCUUUCUGUGCCAGCGAUGUCGACUCCGGCUAGGAAGAGACUGAUGAGAGAUUUUAAGAGGCUGCAACAAGAUCCACCUGCAGGAAUCAGUGGUGCGCCUCAGGAUAACAACAUCAUGCUGUGGAAUGCUGUCAUAUUUGGUCCUGAUGAUACUCCAUGGGAUGGAGGCACGUUUAAGUUGACUCUUCAAUUUUCUGAGGAUUAUCCAAACAAGCCACCCACUGUACGAUUUGUCUCCCGAAUGUUUCAUCCAAACAUUUAUGCUGAUGGAAGUAUUUGUCUGGAUAUAUUGCAAAAUCAGUGGAGUCCUAUAUAUGAUGUAGCUGCAAUUCUCACUUCUAUCCAGUCAUUGCUUUGUGAUCCCAAUCCAAAUUCUCCUGCAAACUCUGAAGCAGCACGGAUGUACAGUGAAAACAAGCGCGAGUACAAUAGAAGAGUCCGGGAGACUGUGGAGCAGAGUUGGACAGCGGACUAAGGUCAUCCGAUAUCUUGUUGGCUUGUGAAGGCAAGAAUUAGAUUGCAUUGAUACCUUUGAGAGUCAUGCAAACACCAAAGUCUGUUGUAUUCCUUCUUAUGAAUGUUAGUUCAUCUUGUCUUUUACUCAUGGUAGUUUAUGCAUCGUCCAUGUCAGUCCAUGUAAUAUAAAAUUCUGUCAACUUGCAUCUGAUUGUUGUCAACACAGUUCAAUGUACAAGUUGUAGUCUUCUGAAUUGGUGGUUGUGAUCACGAGAAUAUUAAACCGGGUUCGAUUCUGUUUA